AUGAAUUCUCUACUUUGUGUGUCGGUUAGUCUCCUAUUGGUGCUAUUACAAUCUCUGGAAAUUAACAGCGAGUGCUGUAAUCUACAGAGUAGUGUCAAGUACACUCCAAAAGGUGAUUACACCUGCGAGGAAGCAGUGCCCAUGGGUCAACGCAGUCUCUUGUGUCUUUUGCCCAGAUGCUGUGUGGUAAAUCACAUGUGCCACGAUGCCAAAGUCUAUCCUGGCUUCUAUUGCAGUUCGGGUACGUGCAAUGCUGUCGGUUGUAAUUGUGAUGGUCCGUGUAUCGAUGGAGAUCAUAAAACUCUAGCUGAUCAUUUUAGACUUCUUUAUCCCAACGCCGAAUACGGCUACGAGACAGUGUCGGUGAAAAAUACAAGAGCCAUCACUGGCUUUAUUAUUUGA